CGGCCUGAUCAAAUGAAAUGCAUAGGCAAAUCCUGGAGUGUUUGACCAUAUCAAAAGGUCAACUCCUUCAAGUGGCUACCUUUUGGCUAUAAAACAAAACACAAAGACCAUGAAUACAAGUCCCUCUAUAUAUCGGUUCUCUUACAAUACGACAAUCCAUAGCUUUCAAACUCAAAAACAAACCUCUCUCUCUCUCUCUCUCUCUGCAAAAAUAUGAAAAAUUCUCUAAUCAUUUCUUGUUUCCCAAUAAUCCGUAGGCGCCAAGCAAUUGUCACGAUAGUUUUCUUUGAGUGCGGAUCCACCAAAACCCUACGCGACUCCAAGAAACAUGUUGCUGGAGAAAUCAUGUUUGAGUUUCCUGAUCAAAUCGUGUGCCAUGCAGAUUCAUUCUUCAUCGGCCGUCCGGUUCCAGCUCUAGCCAUGGACGACUAUCUCAUCCCAGGUCAAACCUAUUUCGUCUUACCAAUCGAACGUUUCGCCUAUAGAAUCUUAACCACUUCGUGUAUCUCCAUCUUCAACUCUAGUCUCGAAAAUGCUCCCUCGACUAAACCACCGCCAUUGAAUUUCACCGCCCCGUCGAGUCCACCACCGUUCGAGUAUUCAAAGGGACUAAACGGGAAGAUUCUAAUAAAAGUUUCUCCUCAUUUUAUCAUGAGUCUUAUAUGCAAAAGGAGAAACAUCAGCGAAGACGAGGUAAUAAUAGAUUGUGCUGAAAGCAAGGACAUUUGUAAUUCUCCCGAGUUAAAGAAGCAUUAUGAUCAGCUUGUUGGAACGAGAGAACACGUAUGGUCGCCGAAGUUGCAGACGAUCUCUGAGCAUGAGAUUAGGGUUUCUCCACUAAGGUUCUUGGGGAUUGUUCGGAGGCAACAAGAAGUGAAUUGAUCAAGUCAUGAAACAUAUUAUUAUUUCUCUUUUGCAUAUGUUUAGUCAAAAUUGGAAAGAUUAAAAAAAAAGGAAAAAAAAAGUAUUAGAGUGGUUAGUUGGAUGUUUGGUUUGUAUUGUUUGGUUACAAGCUAGUCGUCAUGCAUGAACAAGUUGACAAUUUGCAUGUUUGUGUAGUAUUUCAAUAAAGUAUCUAAUCUGUUA